AUGGACCCUAGUCGCCGGGCGAUGAUUGACGGCCGACGGUCUCCAACUCGCCGCGAUGCUACAUCUGCCCGUGUCGACCCGAACAACCGAAUCUCCAAGCCCAGCAAGCCGGGGCACUCAAAGACGGCUCAAAACGCAGCCAAAUAUCUGACGGAAGAAGAGCAAUCACGGAAAUUUGUCGCCGAUGAAGACAAAUUUGUGCUGAAGCAGUCCAAGAAGAAAGCUGACAUUAGGGUUCGUGAGGGCCGUGCGAAGCCAAUCGACCGCCUCGCCUUUAAUCUGCGGUAUAUUGAUGAGGAACGAGAUGUCUUUGAUGACGACGAGGGCGAUCUCGAUAUCGAACUUGAUGCACCAGAUGCGGUUGUUGGGAACCUGAAUCUUGCUCAACUCAAGGAGCUUGAGGCGGACAUUUCUUCGUAUCAUGUCCUCGAGACAGAUCGACGAAAUCGACAAUACUGGGAAGCUCUACGAACCGUGUGUGGCGAUCUGAAAUCGAAAAUAGAUGCCAACUCUCGAGAUGGGCGCGUGGUGAACAGUGUUGUGGACGACAUAGACCGCAUUCUAAAGCCCAAAUCGUAUAAUCAGCUGGAAGCACUAGAGAAGCAGAUCAAGACCAAGUUGCGAUCUGAUGAGGACAUCGAUACCGACUACUGGGAACAGUUGUUGCGCCACCUUUUGGUUUGGAAGUCCAAGGCUACUCUGACGCGGAUAUAUGAUGAUAUCAAAGAAAAGAGGGCCGCGAUGCUGAAAACUCGAGGGGCCGCCCCAACAAAAAGAGCACAGGAUGCAGCGACAGCAUCGAAUGGUGCUGUUACUUCGGGGUUAGCCCCAUCAGCUCAAGCUGUUGGGAAUGAAGACGCGUCCAACAUCACCAAUGCGCUCUACGACCGAGAAGCCGCGCGAGGCAUCUCUGAAAACGAGGAGAUUUUCACUGCAGAAGCUGAAGUGCCUACUGGUUCUAAGCCACAAUGGGCGGACACGUACAAGGCACGCAAACCGAGGUAUUUCAACAGGGUUCAGAUGGGGUAUGAAUGGAACAAGUACAACCAGACCCACUACGAUCAUGACAAUCCGCCCCCGAAAGUUGUGCAGGGCUACAAGUUUAACAUCUUUUACCCUGAUCUUAUUGACAAGACGAAGGCGCCAACUUUCAAGAUUCUUCGAGAGCAUGGAAGGAGGAGGGGUGAGUCGUUUGCGGCAGCUGGCGAAGAAGACACAUGUCUUAUUCGGUUUAUCGCUGGACCGCCGUAUGAAGAUAUUGCCUUUCGAAUAGUGGAUCGGGAGUGGGAUUACAGCGCCAAGAGGGAACGAGGCUUCAAGAGUUCUUUCGAAAAGGGAAUAUUGCAGCUCCAUUUUCAGUUCAAAAAGAUCUUCUAUCGCAAGUAA